CUGUAACCUUCCGCGUUUAAAGAAGAAGAACUAAAACUAGUACUUGAACACCGGGGACUACAGAACAAUGAUUGUUUAGUUUCAGUUUCUAACGUUCCUACACAGAGAAGGAACUCAUUUGUAAUUCAACAUUGUGAAUCUUUCUUUGGGGAUUAAAACAACAUGCCUAUAGCGUCCGUAGCUACGGAGUAUGUUUUUACAGACUUCUUACUGAAAGAACCGAGCACAGAUGGGAAGUAUAAAGGCGCGCGUUUGGAUCUGGCCCUGGACAAGCUGCUCCUCUGUAUAGCAGUCGGUCUGCCGCUGUUGUUGAUCUCCUUGGCUUUCGCUCAGGAGGUUUCAGUCGGUACUCAGAUCAGCUGUUUCUCUCCUUCAAACUUCUCCUGGCGUCAGGCAGCAUUUGUGGACGCCUACUGCUGGGCAGAUGUACAGAAACAGGACACGGGGGGACUUCCCCUCUCCAUGCAUAAGUUUUUCCCCUACAUCCUCUUAUUCGUGGCCAUGCUGGUGUACGUCCCAGCCUUGUUUUGGCGAUUCACGGUGACCCCUGGUCUCUCCUCUGAUCUCAGCUUCAUCAUGGAAGAGCUCGACCGCUCUUACAACAGCGCCAUCAAACUGGCCAAACGUCUCCACGGCAACCCCGCCAACCAGGAAGCACAAGGCUCCAUGCCAGACCUGACAGACACCUGUUUUAAGUAUCCUUUGGUGGAACAGUAUCUGAGAACUAAGCGACUUUCCUUCAACCUGCUGCUGCACUACCUGCUGUGCCGAGUCUUCACCUUAUUGGCUCUGGUCCUGGCCUGCGUCUACCUGUGUUACUACAUUCAGCUGUCCGUAACGGACGAGUUUCAGUGUAAUAUCCGCUCAGGUGUGCUGUUUAACGACUCCUCCGUGCCUGAGGCGAUGCAGUGCAAGCUGGUAGCCGUGGGCGUGUUCCAGCUCCUCAGUUACAUCAACCUGGUUGUGUACUUUCUGCUGGCACCCACAUGUGUGUACUCCAUGCUGGUUCCCCUCAGGAGUUCAGCCGCUUUCCUGAAACCUUACGAGAUGCUGCCCACGCUCGGGGUGAUGGAGUUCGGACGCAUGGCUUGGAAUGAUCUAGCGAUGUACCUGCUGUUCCUGGAAGAGAACCUGAGUGAACUUAAAAGCUACAAGCGCCUGAAGGUAUUAGAGCUCCUGAAGGAGUCUGGAGAGGAGCCGUUUGAUACCCUGCUCCUGCUGCAGGCCCUCGGUCAGGUUAAAACUGAAGUGGAUGGUAGACUACAGAAGACCGACAGGAACGUGGAGAAGACUGGGGGAAACUGUGUAGAGAUGAAAGAAGUCUCUCCUCUGCUGACUGAGGACAGAGUCGGGAAUUCUAAAGAGGACACAGCGGUACGCCAGAGAAUCACAUGAUGGUGACGUGGGAGAAUGUAAAUGAUUGUCUGAUGAGCCUUCAUGUGGUCAAGGAAGCAGACACUGUGUGUGUGUGUGUGGUGUGUGUGGUGUGUGUUAGUGACCAUGUGCUAAUGUAUGACUAAGUUGUAUAUUGUUAAUGGUACAUCAUUGUGCACUGUUUAUCAUAUUGGGAACUGCAAAACUGACGCACAGAUAACUUCAGGAUGAGGACGAGUUUUGAGAUACUCACUCAAUAUAAAAUAUCAAUGGUCUUCACAACUUAUUUAAUACUUUUUUUUUUUAUGUCAAACCGAAUACUACAGCAUCAGGAAUGUACAUGUAAGCCUCACUUUCUGAAAACCAAACCAGCCAAACUUAAGGUUUACAGUAACUCAAAUGUCUCGCUCUUUAUUCAUUAUUUAUAAGUCUUGCAUGUUAAGGGAAGAUUGUAGUGUUUGUGUUUUCUGUAACGUUCCUUUUUUUUCUGUGGUACUUUUUUUGGGAGUGUUCUCUAAUGUUAGCAUGCUAGUUUUGUUUUGGGAGGGAAAAUCGUUUCCGGUUAGCUGGCUAGCUAGCUACUAUUUUUUGGUGCGUCGUUCAUUUUCAAAUUACGCGUCUGUAAAUAAACGAAAGCUCAGGCGGACCGUAUCGGACGUGAGCGAUCGCUCGGCUGCUGCAGGGAAAAUGUAAUGCAAACAACAAGCAAACCGAAUCAAUGUGAUGUUUCUGACAUCGUAUUCCUCUCAUGUCAAGAAACCAAUGGUAUUCUGUACACGUCGUAAAACUGUAAUUAUGGCAUCAUUCAACGCAGAUUGCUAGGAUGGUAUUUUUGUAAAUAUUCUAGGUGGUACAGCUCCGAGUGAUGCAGUCUAAUUUUUAAGACGGUUCUAAAUGGCAAAAAAUGGGUCUUGAUUAAAUUGAUAAAAUUGUGUAUUGAUUUUUUUUUAAAACCCUUAAAGCUACCGUAAAACAGUAUGAGGUAAUUUUUCUUAAUUCUCUACGUUUAUGGAACAUCUGGGUUUUUUUUACAGUAGUUACUUGUCUGUAACUGUAGUAACGUGCGGUGAUGUUAGAGCUUGAGGUUCAUAUCUGACUCUUACUGACAGGGUUUCAAUUUAAUGUUUGUUCUGUUACACUACAGUCUGCUGCCAAUCGUGGAUAGCAUGCAUGUGUUGUGCUUUUUAAUUAAAGAUGCAGGAUUCAUCUUUUUUUACUUGGUAAUAAAAUGUCUUGAUUUUUCA